AUGCAAUUGCUGAAUGCAAUCGUAUAUUUCAUCAUAAUGCUAACCGCCAUCACAGGUGAUCAAACGUGCUCUCGACAUCGUCGUCGCAUUAAACACCGCUUCCAUGCACUGCGCCACUGUCAGAGAUCCAAUCGAACCAUAGUUGGCUUGAUCAAUACCGAAACCGUAGCGGAAUGUGCCGAAUACGCCCGGAAGAAGCGUGGAAUGGCAUUCAAUUUCGGUCCCAAGAAUCGGAACGACACGAACCUGUUCGAUGUGCUGAAAGCUCAACAAGCGAUUAAAGCAAACCGAUCAGCCAUUGUUCCGAAGGGAACGGACACCAUCACCACCGAUCCAGAGGAAUUUUUCAACUGCCAGGUUCUGGAAUGUCCCGAGAAUCAGCACCUCUCGACGAUUGUCAACGAUACCCGGUUCGAUUACUACAGUCUGUACACGAGACCACUCCCUUCCGGGAAUGUCACGUGCCUCCCGUCGGUCGGAAUGUUCGUCUUCAGCGAUCGCAAAGUCAAUUACUCCCUAGCGUCGAACGAAUGCCGAUCGUUGGGUGGCAGUUUGGCUCACGUGGCCAGUGAAGUGAGAACCAACAUGCUGUCGAAAAUGGUGGCCACCGAAGGCCCUAUGCUGAAGAAUGCUACCAACAAAACUGAAAGAGCUUACGUUGGGUUGAAUGAAACGAUCAAGGGGAUGUUCCUUACGUCCGGGAACGAGCCGUUGGAUUGUUUCCUGUACCGAGCAUGGUCGCCCGGGCAUCCAAGCAAAACUCGCCAACCGGGCUGCGUAGCCAUAACUUCAAAUAGCUCCUGGACCGUCCAAAGCUGCAACAAAUCGAUUCGAUUCAUCUGUGAAUUGCACACAUCAGGACCUCCGGUGCAUGCCGCUCGGCUAAAACAGAAAUGUUCCCUCAAACGUCCCAACAAUCGAAUCGCCCCCAGUAGACGCGCUGUGCCACCAUGA